AUAUUAGCUAUUUUAAUGUGUGGUGGUAGUUAUUGUCCACUUAAUCCACAAGAUCCACAAAAACGUCUUUUAACAUUGAUAGAUGAUACACAAACAAAACAUGUUCUUAUUCAUAAUUUAACGAAAAAGACAUUCAUUAAUUUUACUAAAUAUGUUAUUAAUAUUGAAGAAAUAGUAUUGAAUAUACAACCAGCCUAUAUAGUGGAUGACGCAUUCACGGAAUUGUCAACAGUUUUAGUGGGAAGGGAAAGUAUUGCAUUUGUUCUAUUCACAUCAGGAUCUACCGGUCAACCAAAGGCGGUUCAAAUUCGUCAUCGAAAUUCUAUUUCAUGUAUACAAUCUUAUCUGAAUGUUGGAUUAUUUCAUAAAGAUAAUGAAGUUAUUUUACAACUGACACAAUGUUCAUUCGAUGCACAUUUUGAAGAAAUAAUUGGAACAUUUAUUACCGGUUCAUUGUUAAUUCUUAUGAAGUCAAAUGGUUACUUAGACAUGGCUUAUACAUGUAAAUUAAUCCAUUGUGAACAUAUCACUUAUGUUCUUGCAGUACCAAGUUUCAUUGUAACAAUGUGUGGCUAUUUACUUAAGUGCCAAAGUAAUCAGUAUCUAGAAUCCGUUCGAUGUUUUGUUUCAACAGGUAAAUAUUAA